GCCCUGAGCUCCACGGUCUCAGCUGCGGCCAAACCAUGCGCGCUGCGGGCCCGGGGGCGCGCCAGGCCCUGAGCCUGGUGCUGCUGCUGCUGUGGGGGCCGGGGGCCGCCACCUCAGACUCUGCCCCGCCGCUCUUCAACGUGAGCCUGGACGUGGCCCCCGAGCUGCGCUGGCUGCCGGUCCUGCAGCGCUAUGAUUUGGACUUCUUGCGCAGCACGAUGGAGCACGUCCUGCGGGACUUGGUCCCGGUGUGGGUCCACUCGGUGAUCCGGAAGGCGGCCGGGGAGCUGGAGCAUCUACUGCCGGAGCCCUUCACCCGCGAGAUCCGGGGCAUGUGCGACUUUCUGAGCCUCAGCCUGGCCGACUGCCUGCUGGUCAACCUGGCCUACGAGUCCAUGGCAUUCUGCACCAGUAUUGUGGCUCAAGACUCCAGAGGCCGCAUUUACCAUGGCCGGAAUCUGGAUUAUCCCUAUGGAAAUUUCUUAAGAAACUUGACUGUGGAUGUGCUAUUCUUAAAGAAUGAGCAGAUUGCAUUCGCAGGGACCACUUUUAUUGGCUAUGUAGGAUUGUGGACUGGGCAGAGCCCACACAAGUUUACAAUUUCGGGUGAUGAACGAGACAAAGGCUGGUGGUGGGAAAACAUGAUUGCUGCCCUUUUUCAGAGACACUCACCGGUCAGCUGGCUUGUCCGCAAUACCCUGAGUGAAUCAGAAAGCUUUGAAGCAGCUGUUUACAAAUUGGCCAAGACUCCCCUCAUCGCUGAUGUCUAUUUUAUUGUUGGUGGUGUGUUCCCCCGGGAGGGAGUGGUCAUCACAAGGAACAGAGGUGGCCCAGCAGACAUUUGGCCUCUCGAUCCUUUAAAUGGAGCGUGGUUCCGAGUUGAGACAAACUAUGACCACUGGAAGCCAGCACCUGAGAAAGAUGACCGAAGAACACCUGCCAUCAAAGCCCUGAAUGCCACUGGCCAGGCAAACCUCAGCUUGGAGGCCCUCUACCGGGUUUUGUCAGUGGUCCCAGUUUAUAACAGAAAUACAAUUUAUACUACAGUAAUGAGUGCUGCCAACCCAGAGAAGUAUACGACUAGGAUCCGAAACCUGGGUUAGAUGAGGAAGCAAGAACGUGAAUCCACCUGUGCUGUGAAAGAUGAAAAAAUUUUAAUGAAAUUCUUGUGAAGCUGCGUUAAGAAAAUAAAACAAAGUGAACGUUUGUUUUAUGAAUAAUAUAGACUUCUUCCUCAUUAAACUUUUCAACCUUGAGAAGUGGGGCCAGGAGGGUCCCCUCUGGAAUUUUUUUUGAAAAAAUGAGUAAUAAAAGCCAUUCACUUCCCCUUAUGGGUUGCCCUAACCCUUGGUAAUCAUCUAUCCUGGUUUCAACAACUCAAGACAAUUGGUCUGAUAAAUCAAGCUGCAUGCCUGGGCUUUAUUCUCAGCAUAUCUCACACCUCAGCUUCUAAAGAGACAAGCUGACAAGAUCUCUGUUCAUUAUGAAAUAUUUCUGGAAAAGAAGACAUGAAAAACUCUGGUCUGAGCAGAUCCUGUUUGAAUGUUAUUUUGAUUAAAUCCUAUAUAUUUGAUCAUGUAUUUCCAUUUUUUUACAUUUUUGUUUAGCUUUUUAAAAAACUAAUGGAAUAUCUUUAUCUGAAGAACUACUUUCUUACUGCUUCUUGAAAGCAAUAUGGAUCACAUUUUCUGGUUGCCACUUAUCACUAAUUAACAGAUGUGGAAAGAAUAAUUAAAAAAAUCCAAUCUA